AUGGUUAUUUUAAGUAACUGCCAUCUAAUGGCAAAACAGCGCGGUGCACACUGGGAGAAAUUGAGAAUUAGAUUUUAGUUCGUUCAUGGACAUUUAUUUGGGUUCUUGAGAAAACGGAGAAUUACCUCGACAUUUGGACAUUGAGCAACCGCCCCAAAUCCGCAGAGCAUUGGCGCCCGAGAGCUCGCGGUGAAGGGUGAUCACCCAGGAAACGUUACACCGAUGUUCAGCUGACGGACUUGCUGUGGCUAACGUUAGCUACAUCCUCAAUUUGUGAAAUUACCGUAGCCACUCUUGGGCAAAAUGUCACACACUGGGCCUCCCCCUCGAUGGCGGAAUUGUCCUAGAAGAGGACAGCCUGUAGCAGGUAAAUUCCUGCCAAUGAAAACUAUGUUGGGCCCCAAGUAUGAUGACAAAGUGCCAGAAGAGAACCGGUUUCAUCCAAGCAUGCUUUCCCAGUAUUUAAAGAGUCUAAAGGUUAAAAUGGGUUUGCUUGUUGAUCUAACAAACACUACUCGCUUCUAUGACCGCAACGAGAUCGAAAAAGAGGGUGUUAAAUAUGUGAAGCUUCAGUGCAAAGGCCAUGGAGAGUCUCCUUCAGCAGAGACCACUGCGAUGUUCAUCAGACUAUGUGAGAACUUCAUGGAGAAGACUCCAACUGAGUUAAUAGGUGUCCACUGCACGCACGGCUUCAACCGGACAGGCUUUCUGAUCUGUGCUUACCUGGUGGAGAAGUUGGACUGGAGUGUCGAGGCGGCAGUGGCUGCUUUCGCCCAGGCCCGUGCCCCUGGGAUCUACAAAGGCGACUACCUCAAGGAGCUCUUCCGUCGCUAUGGAGACGUCGAAGAUGCCCCCGCCGCCCCCGCGCUGCCAGAGUGGUGCUUCGACGACGACGACGGCGACCAGGACGACGAUGGCAACGUGAUUGGCCAAGAGUCUCAGUCAGGCCCCUCCUCCUCUGAGUCGGCGCCGGGGAAACGGAGGAAGGAGAGACUAAAAUUUGGUGCUAUAUUCGUGGAGGGGGUCACAGUGAAAGGCGUCACACAGGUCACCACACAGCCUAAAUUGGCCGAGAUCCAACGGAAGUGUCAGGAGUUUGCGGAAUGGGAAAAGUCCGGGUUUCCAGGUGCUCAGCCCGUGUCCAUGGACAGGCGGAACCUUCGCUUUCUGGAACAGAAUCCCUACAAGGUCAGCUGGAAGGCCGACGGCACACGGUAUAUGAUGCUGAUAAAUGGGAAGAAUGAGGUGCACAUGAUCGACAGAGACAACUCGGUCUUCCACAUAGCCAACCUAGAAUUCCCUUUUCGGAAAGACCUCCGCGUUCACUUAGCCAACACACUACUUGACGGGGAGAUGAUUAUCGACAAGGUAAACGGCCAGCCCGUCCCGCGCUACCUGAUCUAUGACAUCAUCAAAUUCAACGGUCAGCCGGUCGGUCAGUGUGAUUUCAAUAUUCGGCUGUUGUGCAUAGAGAAAGAGAUCAUCUCCCCUCGGAUGGAGAAGAUGAAGACGGGACAGAUCGACAAGACAAAGGAGCCCUUCAGUGUCAGGAACAAGCCAUUCUUUGACAUCCAUGCAGCACGAAAGCUCCUGGAAGGCAGCUUCACGUCCCAGGUCAGCCAUGAAGUCGACGGCCUUAUCUUCCAGCCUUGCGGGAAAUACAAAGCUGGGCGAUGUGAUGACAUCCUCAAGUGGAAGCCGCCCAGCCUCAACUCUGUAGACUUCCGCCUCAAGAUCACCAAAGUCGGAGGAGAAGGGUUGCUUCCCCAGACUGUUGGAUUGCUCUACGUCGGCAGCCAUGACAUGCCCUUUGCACAGAUGAAGGCCUCCAAGGACCUGAAGCAGUACGACAACAAGAUCAUCGAGUGCUCCUUUAACAACAACACCUGGGUGUUCAUGAGACAGAGGGUAGACAAGAGCUUCCCCAACUCUUACGACACAGCCAUGGCUGUGUGUAACAGCAUCAAGUAUCCUGUCACAAAAGAAAACCUCUAUGAGUUUCUGGACCGCUGUGCCCUGGGAGCCCAAGGACAGAACCGGAAACGCCCCUCUGACCCAGACACGGAGCUCAUGCCCCCUCCCGCUCCAAAGAGACCAAACCGGGCUGCACCGUAGAGCACCACACCGCGGGAGUGGGCUGGGCCAGUGUAGAAAUGUGUGUAUGUGGCUUGCAGAGGAAGGUCCUUCAUGGCUACAGCCCCCACCACCCCCCCCCGGCCCUUGUCCCGUCGCCGUCCCCCUCAGUGACACAGACAUUUGGAAAGCCCCUCUUAUCUCUGACCAUUUGUUUGUCGGCCUCGAAAAGGCUUUCUUAAUUAAAGACUUUAAAAAGAUCUGAUUGAAUUGCUUAGAGAUCCCCUUAGGUAUCCCCAUGUAGCACCCCUUCUCACUGUAAUUGCUAUGGUACUUUAAAAGGAUUAAAAAAAAGACAUAAUGUUGAAUUUUGAUUUUAUUUUUUUAUUUCCUUUUCUUAAGGAUCUCCCAACUAAUCUAUUGGUCAACAACAGACAAAUUGGUAUUAUGACUACAGCAGCACCUGACUAUGCAGAUCUUGUAAAUGUUUUGUCGAGCUAUUUGUAUUUGGGAGGAUGGUAAUCAGAUGGGAAACAAACAAUCAUCUGAUGCCUCCUCUCCACCCUUUCUCGAUCUCCCAACAAUGACGUGAAGGAACUCACAAGCACAUAUUUCAAUGUAUUGUUUUAGUAGCAAGAGAGGGCUAUUCCUCUGACAUAUUCUGACACAUUUAGUAGUUGACAACAUUAGUAACCAUGACAGGCAUUAUCCUCAGUGGGUGUGUAACAAACGCACCCUGCCUCCACGUUGCGUUACCAUGUCGUCAGACCCCAGAAUAAACUCGGCAACCGCUUGGGAAAUGUGAUGAUAGAAGCACGCCGCUCCUCCUGUGUUUUUCCAUUUGUAUUUUUCUUCUCUAAUGUGUGUAGGACAAUAUUUCAACCCUUGACCCCAACCCCUGCUUUUGUAACAGCUCCUCCCCUUAAGGACUGCCCUGGUUCAUAACAGAAUAUGACUGGUUUACUGCAUUUGUUGUUUGGUUUGAUCCAUUAAAGCAAUACAUGUGAAAAGGGAACAUAUUUUCAUCAGAACUUGUUCAUACUCACUUAUUUCCUGCUGAUUACAGAUGACUGAUUCCAUGUUGCUCGAUCUUAAAAUGAAGUACCAUUUGAGGAAUA